ACCUUUUUUCCCAAAUGGUGAAAAAAUUAAUUCUAAAAAUUACUAACGAACAAGUCCUUAGUUUACGAAUUGAAUUUAAAUUUAUGCAGGCCUUUAAAAUAAGUAAUUUUCCAACGCCUUUAUUCAAGAUAGACUCAUUCAGCUCAUCAAUAUCUGUUUGGAAAAGUAAAAAUAUAUAUAUGCCAUUUAUAAAUAUUCAUUUGAGUCCUUAGGGUGGCAGGCCAGCAGGAGAGAUUCAAUCCAUAACGAUAACACAAAUGGCUAAUAUACAAGUUUCUGGUAUCAAUUGAAAAUUUCAUCUUUGACUAUUUUUCAACGUCGAAUUUUAUUUGUUUCGUCUGUUUGUAUUCCCUGCAGGACGGCUGAUUCACAUUUCAUUAAGAAAGGAUAGAAUAACUUUUCCUAGGGUACUUUGCUUGAAGGGUGCCUAUAAAUAAUCUCAAAACUGAAUCUUAUUUCCAAAUUCCAUUUCCACUACUAAUUUAAUUCAAAAUGGCAAAAAACAUUCUUUUAUUCAGCGUUGUAGCUCUCAGUCUCUGCUGCUUUGCCUUUGCAUUUGAGCCUUCACCUCUGCAAGAUUUCUGUGUUGCAGAUGCUGCUGCCUCAGGGAGAGUAAACGGCGUCGCCUGCAAGAACCCCAUGUCUGUUUCGGCUGAUGAUUUUUCAUUCAGCGGGCUGCACUUACCUGGUAACACAUCAAACCCUGUUGGGUCCCGGGUGACACCAGUUACUGUGGUGCAAUUGCCAGGUCUCAACACUCUUGGCAUCUCAUUGGUUCGUAUUGACUUUGCGCCAAUGGGAAUCAACCCACCUCACACUCACCCCCGAGCCACUGAAAUCCUGACCGUCGUUGAAGGCUCUCUUGAAGUUGGGUUCAUCACCUCAAACCCAGAUAACAAGCACAUUACUAAAGUACUUAAAAAGGGUGAUGUUUUUGUGUUCCCAAUAGGACUCGUUCACUUUCAACGCAAUGUUGGUAAGGAAAAUACUGUAGCCAUUGCUGGAUUGAGCAGUCAGAAUCCAGGUGUGAUUACCAUAGCAAACGCAGUUUUUGGAUCAAAACCGGACAUUGCGAGUGAUAUUCUUGCCAAAGCAUUCCAGGUCGAUAAGAACAUCGUGGAUCAGCUCCAAGCCAAAUUCUAGAGCUACAACGACAAAAUUAUCGGUGUUAGAUGAGGCUAGGCGUGUGCUAGUGCCUAAUGUUCUUCAAUUUGUUUUUGCUUAGCAAUUUGUGUGUUAAUCAGUGAGGUCGCUUCGCAGUUUGUUUGCUCUUUGUCCUAGCUAGGUUUGGCUGCUGUAUGUUCUUGGUUAUCUUUUCAAUGGUGAAUUAUUGAACGUUUUACUUGUGUCAGG